AUGCGGCCGAUGAGGGGUAAAUGGGCAGUAAAUGAAGGGGGAAAAUGGCAUUUUCAGGGAGAUUACUUGCAAUUUUACGAGUGGUUGGUUUACCGUAACCUGACUCUGAACCAGCCGACUAAACUCAAAUCAAGCUGUUACAGUCAAAGGAAGCAAGAUAAAUCCAAAGACGGAAAAAUGUCUAAAAUAAGGAAUAAUAAGGAAGCCUGUUCAUGAGGUGGUGGCAGCAUUUGACUAAAAGUAACCCACUGAUUUAAACUCCAGUUCUCUCAAAUAUGAUUAUUAAAAAAAGGUUAGUCAUUAAGACAGAUGAUAUGUCUGGUCUUUCUGUGCCAACUCUGAAGAUGAGAAAUCUAGCUAUUUAAUUCCAAUAGGCUUGCAGCAUCAACUCUAUCAGUCAGUAUUGAUAGAUAACUAAGUUAAAUUGACUUUUAGGAUACCUUUGUGAGAUUUGACGACUCUUGGUAGACUAUGAAACUUUGAAACUACUCUUCAUCAUCUUGUCUACUUGAUAAAAUAAUCUCAUAGUUUCAUAAAGGAUGUAUUGUCAGAAAAUACCAAUGUAUAUGUGAGUUUAUUUUUCUGUUGUUGUGUGUUUAAUUGACGUUGUGGCGCACUGUCACAUUUAUUUCUGUGAAUGGACAAGAUGAAAAUUGCGAUAGAAAGAAAAUACUCCAUGCCACUCCAUGUACUCACUCAGUAAGGGCUGUACCCCUGCGGCUAUUGGUUGAAGUUGUAUGACGUCAGUCAGGGAGGCGGGGCUUGUGGCUUUGAUUGGCGUCGUGUUCUCUGGUAGUCUGCUGCGGGACCAGGACAGACAGCUGAGGGGGGCCCGAAUGUCCAACCGGGACGGUCGGUGGACUACCGCGAACUUGCACCCACGAUUCACAGGUAAGUCGUGGCUUGAGUCCGUGUUUGUGGUCAGGGAGUUGUGAAUUCAUUCAUCCUUCAGCAUUCAAACGGCAGACAAAGACACUUUCCCGUGUUUGAGACGCAGUAGAGUUUGACAGAAGGGGGAGGUUUACCCCCUUGUAAAGCCCGCUCUGCUGUGAGAACAGGGUUUAUCCAGACAUUUAUCAGCUCACGUUUGGCGGCGGUUGUGGAGCUGGACGCGUCUGUUUUCUUUCUCUGCAAAUCAAAUGGAGGAAAACAGCGGAUGGGUUGUAAACCUAAGUGUGCGCACGCCACAAUGGCUCGGAUGGGUAACAAAAAAUGGCCGCACGUGUGGUGAGAUCGGUGUGAAUGUGGAGUUGUCUGGUCAAGCGAGCGUUUGGCACGGAUCUGGCGCACGGUCGAGGCGCACGGAUUUGGCGCACCGAUGUGGCCGUGUCGUCGAUCCACGGCUGUGAGGGGGGACUUGAUUUAGGAGCUGCAGGUAACAGGGAUGCAUGGAUGAAGGGGGUUUUACCUCCUCGCAGACCCGAAAUGAUAGACGAGAAGCCCAGCAGUGAGGGGGUGUUGCGCUGGAAAGACACUGGAAAUGCUCUUUUACUGGAACAUCGCCAUUUCUCAUACCUUUUAAAAACUUUUAAAACAAAUACAAACUAAGCUUUAAUUGGCUUUGAGCUGAUAUUUAAUGACAGCGAAGAAAGGACCGGUGUCCUGGCAGUCAGACGCUCCUAUUGAUUUUUAUGAUUUGCCCUCCAAUGAGAUGUAAGUGCACAUUGUAAUAAUAAUGCACUGACGCGAUGUCAAAAGCACUUUGUGUGAGCAUUCAAUCGAAACGUAAAACCACUUACAGCUCACAACAGACUGCGCAGCUCUCAAUGAAUCUUUUUUCUCUUUGGUCCUCCUGGCUCAGAGGAGCACGGGGUCACUUGGCAAGGUUUAUAAGCUGUUUAGCGUCGCUGCACGUGAUUGGGGAAGCCCAUGGAUAUACGCAAUAUCCUUGGGGAUCCUUCCUGGGAAGCUGACACCGGCAUUAGACCCCUGAGAGGGAUGGUAUAGAUCCUCUCGCAUCACAACCAGGGCUGAGGUUCUGUCUUUCUUCAUUUGAGUCACCAAAAUCAGAUUUGUUGAAUGUAAUGGGAGGAACAAAAGCAGGAAGGGAACCAGACUGGAGCAUUUCAGUGCAUUAGAAUAAAUCUGAAGUCCCUGAGCUGAGAUAUCCAGUAAGUCAGGAGCCAGGAUGACCUCUAUUGUUCUGCUAAAGAAGGGAAAGUUGGGCACUACAUUGGGCUUCUAAGCCCGCAUUUACAUACUCCUUCCUGUCACUAAGGCAGGGGGAAACAUGAAUUUCAAGUCUAACAAAUGUUGAAACACACGAGAGUUGUCAGUGAGUCAUUCAGAGACCUAAUCCGGCACUCAGAGGCUUCUACACUUCCAUUAUUAAUAUGGGAGAGAUGUUACAGAAAACAAGGGAGGAGGGGGUUGAGGUACACACACAUGCAUACACGCUCUCACAUGCACACAAACUUGAGUGACUCAAAGCUCCUGGCUAUGAACAACACAUGCAUCAGAGGACUGUCAUCUCCACACCUACAAUCAACCCUCCCUGCACAAGGCUGCUCCUCUCUACUGUGUUAACACAUAAUCAGGAGUGAGCUGCUUUUCAAAAAAAUAUGACUGUUACCAGACAGGGAGAGCUUUAUUUUGAAAUUUAAUCUAUAUGUAAGAUAAGAAAAAACAAGCAUCUUCCUGUUUUUGCUCUAGACUGUGAUGCAGAAUCACCAGAUUUCAUGCAACAUCACAGUGAUUUUAAAGCUGCUUACCAUUUCAGAUGAAUAUAUUUGUUCAUGACUGUCCAGUCUCACACAAAACACCUACACACAUAAGACACAAUUUGAAUUUGUGAUGCAACAGUCAAAAAGAUAAGUCCACAGAUGUGAAGAAAUGAGGUUGCAUACUGCAGUGACUUACUGUUAGGUCUAUCAUGAGAUGAGCCAAUUCCUUUAUAAUCGAUCAGCUCUGGCUUCUGAAAAACAAGAUUUGAAAGUUUUUUUUUUUUUUUUUUUGUCAUUUUUUAAAGCUCCUGUGAGAGGAGAUUUUUAUGUUUCUGAAAUGAUCUGAUAUUAAUAUUGUGUUCCUUGUUCAAUGGUACGCACAAACAAGACAGAUGACUUUUAGAUUGUAAUAUCUAAAGCCUGGUGCAUAGGGGGGUAGGUGACAACUAAAGAAACAGGCACGUUUUUGCAUUUUACAUCUAAAAUAUUAACAGUAAAUGUUACAAAAAGAGGAUGAAUUAAGCAAAGACUGCUUUGUCCACAGGGUGUGCCAUAAUUGACACAAACCAAAAGUUCCUUACAGGAGCUUUAAUGAAAAGUCUUAAGGUCCGUAAACUCUGCAGUUUCCUGGAAAAGACAUUUACAGUCAUGGCUUUAUGCCUUUGAAAUUAUGCUGAAAAUUUUCCAGACGUGUUAGACAUUAAAUAGACUGCAGCAUUAAUCAGUUUAUUGUUUAAUUAUUGGUUUGAUUAUAUUCUGCUGACUUUAACACUCUGAAGUGAGGGGAACAUCGUUUUACCGUUGAAAACUCUUCUGCAGUGAGUUUAUUCGAGGUCGUCAUCAUGUUAGCGUACCAGCUCAUUUGAAAGUCUUAUUGAUCUGGUGCAGCUCCGGCUUCUGGGAUACCAUGCUGCUCUGCAUGUGUUUGCCUGUCUCGGCAAUAUUUAAAACACGAUCAAUCAGAAGACAGAAGAAGGAAGAAUGACUGUGAAAAAUCAUUACGGACUUCUUUUUUCCCCCUUCUCUCUCUUUUCGCAUCGAGUUGUCUUCAUCCGACAUCAUUCUCCUCUCCCUCAAACUUUGCAGUUAAAUGCUGUUGCAUCACUUCACCCUCCCCCUUCCCUCCUCUCUCCUUUCUCCUUCAUACUAAUGAUGAGCAGAAGGGUGCUGGGAGGAAAAGAAGCUGAUAAAAAGCAGACAUGGAUGUCCAUGUGGUGGGUUAGCUAAUGUCAGGAGGUGCUCAUUAUUUGGAUUGCUGUAGGUUCAGAGCUGAAAAGGCUCUGAUGAGGUAUGUGUAAUUGUAUCAGUCCAUGCUGUGUGGCAAAGCACAGAUUUUCUACCAGCUGGAACAUCAGCAGGAGGAGAAUGAGGUCAUUUCUGGUGAUGCUGGGAAAGUGCGGUGAUGAAACAGUUGAUGCCUUUGUGUGUUAAUUGUGGUGAUUUGGACCGCAGUGACGGGUUAAGUGUAGAGGUAAGCAUGAAUCAGCAGAAAGUUAAGUCUUAUUAUUUGCGGUGGAUUUGGAGAGGCAGGGCUGAUUUCAUCAACUUUCCUCAGACAGCAGCAUCAAGAGCUGCAAUGACAGACUGAAAACAGGGCUGGAAAUAUGAUAACUGUAAAUAUUCUGCAGAUAUUGAUCUGCAAAGAUGGCCAUCUUGGGGCCAGCAGAGUAAUCCUCUUAUUUGAGCGGCUGUGUGAACACAGGGAGUGACCUACAUAGAGUUUGUCUGGAGGCAGAGGGUGAUGGGUGAGGGCAGGACAGGAUUGAGUUGGCUGUCAGGAGGUUGGUCAUAUGAGUAGCCAGUCCCUGGCCUGCACAUAAAUGUACAAAUACACUCACAAAUACACUCGUCCUCCACCUAAAUAUUUCGAGUUAGUCCAGCUCCCGCUGCCAUGCUGGUGUCAUGCAGCGGGAGCGCUGCAGCUCGCUUCACAGGAAGGUUUACUAAUUGCCCAUUGCUUCCCCGGAGUCAGCCAAUCAAGUGACAUCUGGACUCGUCUUCUGGCCUCCUUUGUGAUUCUCAAGUCAUGGAGAGGAACUGAGAAUGACGGCUUCUCCGAGAGCCCUGCUGCGCCUCCAGCUCUGUUGUGCACAGCUGAGCAGAGCCUAAGAUUUUGUAAGGGGAAGAGAAAAGAGGUGAAGGGAAUAUAGACACUGACUGAAUGCUUUCUCCCGGAUGGAUGCCCAAGGAACAGAUUCUGACAAUGGCAAACAAUCCAAUGAUUUCUGUGCAGAGAGAAAGGCUCCAAGUUUGGAUAUGAUGCAAACUGAAAAGAAUACAAAAGUCAAACAAUACUGCAUCAGGAAUAUGUUGAUUUGGAAGAAAGUAUCUGCACAAGAAGCUGCAGAAAUACAUUAAUGAUGCAAUGAUGCAGCAGGAAAACACUUCAAGGGAGGUGCUUAAGGCCUGAAAGAAAUUCUUAUUGGAAGUGGAUUUUGUUUAAGUGUACUGUAGAGAGAAAAACUUACCAUAGAAGUUUGAGAUGCCUUAAAGUCGCACUUCGAUCGUUUUUUUUUUAACCAUUUAAAGUGUUAUCAGAGUUCUUUAAAUUGUGAUUAUGAAGUUUUUACUAAAAAUCAUGUUACCUGUGUCAUUUUUAAGGGCUUUUCUCCUGCAGAACUCCAGUAGAUCAUUAGCAAUUUGCCUCUGAGUCAUGGGUGGAAACAGCGCUGCUCUGCACACUUGUCUUCAUGUUAGCUUGCAGCCUAACAUUGCCAGUGUAGUAGAAGAAACAGAUAACAUAGAAGCUGUUCAGCUCUCUGACACUAAUGUCUUUGGGGACAUGAUGAAAGUUAAUAUCAUAAUUAGCUUUCUUACAAGCGUUGCAAUCCGCUAAUGCACACUCUUGUUCCGCGAUUGUUCUCUUUUAUUUCUCUGAGCCUGGCCUGCAUAGCAGGGCUUUGGGGGCGGAGCUUGGAUUUGCUGCGUAGGAAAUCUCACUGUUUCUGAACCUGUCGUUUUGGGCUGCCAGAGAUUCACAGCAAAUUGAAUGCAGCAGAAACACUUCCGCACUUAUUUUUCUCACGAUAUGUCCUGUAGCAUCAGAAAAAUGCCAUAUGAACAUGCAGACAACAAGAAAAACAUGAUUUUCAUCAGAGUGGGUCUUUAAAUCUUGAGUCUUUCCACUUACCUGAGUGACUAGUUGAAAAUUUGCAGAUGAUGCCUUUAAUGUAAGGGCUUAAGUUAACGUACAUUUCUAAUAAAUGGAUGGAACAAGCUGUAGCUGUCAUGUAUUUGUUUUGGGAUCUUCUAUGUUUGAAUGUUUUUUAUUGGAUGUAUUAUCUUUUAGGCCCCUGCAGCACAUUUGACCUUGUUUCCACCAUGUUUUCUCCCUGACUCUGCAGUUUAUUAGUGAUUAACCACCAACAGUGAAGGAGCCUCCAUUCAAACUCCAUCCCACAGUGUAGAGUCAAAGUAUGUAGUCAUUGAGACACUGAGUCAGAGACAGAGUAGGGCUUCCUGUUAGCGUGACAACUGGAGGAAUUAAAGGACACACAGCCAGCUGAUGUUUGUCUGUGCUUUUAACACACACACUUCUGCAUUUACAUGUGAGACAGCAACGAUAUUUUGUACAAAACAAACCCUGUAAACCCUCUUUAAUCCCCCCCUGCAUGAGCCGUGCAUCAUCUGUGGAGGGCACUCGGAGGGCGUUUGUUGACUCUGUGGCAGCCAAUGGCGGCCGGGACUGCAAAUGACCGCUUCCUGUGAGUUUUUUCCCCUCGCUGUCCCAAGAGGGGCAAAGACAGACGUGAGCGAAGGUCAAAACAUUUAAAACAAGUGGAAAAAUCCAACUCUUCACAUGAAUCCUGAGAGCUGACUGAUGUGAGAGCAUCCACAGGUCAUUCAGAUGCAGUAUUUCUGAUUUUGUGCCGCUCCCACAGCAGAAAGUGAAAUUACCUGAAGUUUAUUGGGACUUUUUCUUUUCUUCUUACCUUCCAAAAACUUGAGAGGCUUUGCCCAAUCUCUGCAUAAUCUCUACAGAUUCCCUUUCUUUCUCUUCUAGUCUUGUUAUCUAUUCCCCGUUCUCUUGCUCUGACUCACCUCUCUGACUCAUCUGGAUAUCUCCAACUCCUUCUACCUACUUUUAUACAGCUCUCCAAAACCAUCUUGCGUGACCCUGUCUACCUUUUCCUGCGCGCUCCCUAUCUGGACCGUUUUGAUUGGCCCGAGCCAGCUUCCUGCUCCUUCGUCUGGAUGAUUUGACAGGGAUUCACCUUGGUGGCUUUUUUCCUCCAUUAACAUUCUUCCAGGGGAUUUCUUUCACUUCCAAUAAGCGUGCUGAGCCUGAUCUUAAUCUGUGUUGUGUAAUGAAUUGACCUCUGGUACACUCUCACUCUCAUUCUGUGUUUUCCUUUCACACAAUUAAGAACGAAUUGGCGUAAUGGGUGAAGAGACUCCUGUUUGAAAAAAAACAGAUAACCCCACAGCAAGCAGCCUUUUUCUGCCUGUUUUUAUCACUUUGUUCGUAUUUUGGCUUUUUUCCUGUUGAGGUUGACACGACCCAGACUAGAGUGUGAAGUGCAGAGGUUAAGUCAACGGUGUGAACUCCUCCUGAGUGUGCCUCAGAGUAGAUACUUGGAUUGCCAGGAUGUUUGUACACUUUGUAAAAUGCCCUGUAGGAGUGGGCCAAAAUACCGAAAACAGCAACAUAUGUGCUCGAUUCCUGCAGAAGAAUCAUUUCAUGGCCGUUACCAAAUAUUGAUAUUAUAACCUCUUUUAUGAUCUUUUGACCUCUUCUGGUGGCAUUGGUGAAAGGAUUCCUGCACUUUUCAGGAGUGUGUUGUAUCGUAUCACAUUGUAUUGUAUUGUAUCAUAUCGUAUCAUUUUGUAUGGCAGUGUAUCGUAUCGUAUUGUUUCGUAUCGUAUCGUAUUGUAUCUUUUUGUAUCGUAUCGUUUUGUAUCACAGUGUAUCGUAUUGUUUCGUAUCGUAUCGUAUUGUUUCGUAUCGUAUCGUAUUGUAUCAUUUUGUAUUGUACCGUUUUGUAUCGAAUCGUAUCUUUAAAUUGACAGGGGUUUUCUUAAGGACAGUCUUUCUAGCAACUGCGCUCUCCUCUUCUCCUUUGGGCAUGAUAAAGAAAAGAGGGGGAGAGAGAGAGAGAGAGGGAGGCUGCACAUAAUAAGGCAUGCUAGAGUGAUAAUCUUUGUUUUGUGGAUGACUGCAGUCAUCGGUUAUUUGUAAUUAUACCAUUUCAUUGUUGUUUUUUCUGCAGGCUUGCAUUUUCUAAUGGUUCAUUUCACAAUGGUUAUUCAGGGUUAAUGCUGCUGGACUUUACAGCUCUAUUAGACGGAUUAUGUUGAUGAUAUAGUGGAGAAGGUCCUUUUGUUUACGCUGAGGGUCACUGUGAAUUAAAACUAGAAGCCAAGGAGAGUCAGAUACAUGACUACCAAUACUGAGCAAGUUCAAUAAUGAAUCAUUAAGUUUCAUAUGAAGGUGUACCUACUGAAUUUGAAGCUUUUUUUGAUCAGCCUUUAUCAGUAGAUUUCUCUGAUAUCAAAAGACUACAAUUAGUUUAAUUGCCUGGAGCACCUCUGGGAUUCUCUAUGUUUGCUUUAAAGUUAGAAGUACCACAUGGUACAGUCGAAAGAUCAAAAACCAACAAUUAAAUGCCUCUUCUUUUUAAAUUUUUUUUUAUUUUUGAUGACAAGAGGCUGCAUCGUCUCAUGCAUACAUGGCAAGACUCCAUUAACUUGAGUUUGCACUAUCACUUUUUUUACAUGAAUGUCACACAGCUGACCUGUCUAGCUUUGCAAAGUCAAGAGCCUUUUAGUUAUUUUAUGCAUGCUUUUCUACACAUACUGCAUCUAUAUUUGCAUCUCAGCCAACACCUUCAAUGAUAUGGAUAUACUUUAUUGAUGAGCCAAUAUCAAUGCGUGAGACUAAUGCUCAGAUAUGCACAGUGGAUAGCUCUGCACAGAGCACACACACAGUGGGGGUGUAUUCAUGUGCUUGACUUUUCCAGGGAAAUGAAAGGAGAGUCUCUCAGGGACUGAAUACAUAUUGCUUGUCUGUCAUUACUUUCAGAGAAUUGCGUCGGUUUACUACGACUGCGGCACAGUGCCAGCUGAUGAUGCAGGCGUGCUGGGAUAGCAGAGGACAAUGAAUCGUCCUGGGUGACUCUGUGCAUUAGUCUGAGAGAACACCAACCUCCGUCUGCAAGACAAGACCGCUAUCUUGCGCGAGGAGGGAAUGGCAUAGAUAGAUGAAACCGAUAAUCCACUGGGAAAAAGAAGCAGCCGCUGAGCGUGCGUGUGUGUGUGUGUGUGUGUGAGAAAGAGAGAGAGAGGAUAAAGAGAGAGUAGGUAUCUGAAUGCUUAAGUAAGAGUGUGUGAGAAGAAUGAUGAAAACUAGUGUGCAGGAAAGCCAACAGGACUGAUUUUUUUGGGGAAUGAUAAGUCUCUAAAACUUCCUCUCUUUGUCCUCAGGUCUUCACAGUUGACUGAUGAGCAGCCAGUAAGACGGGGGUUGGGCUACACGGACUGGCACAGGUAAACACAACUUCCACAAGGCCCUCAGGAAAAUGUUUUCUGCUUGCUGACAUGAUUUUUCAGUUCACCGGGAGGGCUGCCAGUUUUUGAAGUGAGGAUGUGCACUCUGAUGCCUCUGAAAAGAAUCCUCACUUUUAAGGAAGUGAGGAAGCAGAUGCUUUUUUCUGCUUAUGUUUCUAUGUCCUAGUGGAUUACACGGUUGAUAUUCACUGGACUUAAAGGGCCGUGCUGAUAUUCGUCAGACUCUUUGUAUAACACAGGCUAAGAAUUUCUUCAGUUGCUGUGCUUUGACCAGCAGAAAAACUCAUCUGUCAGUGUACAUUAAGUGUUUACUAUUUCCCUAUUAGAAAUAUGGUGGUUGUUACUUAUCAGCCCACUGUAGAUCCAGAACUGCUUGUUUAAGUAUCUGCUUUAACUUUUCUUCAUCAUUUGUUUUUAUAACAUUGCAAAACCAGACAGUCCAGAGAGGCAUUUGUGUUGCAGACUUGUUCCAACCCUGGAUAUGGCGGGAGAGGGAGAUAGAGAGAUUCUCUAAUCCCGUGCUUUUGUGGCCGGAUUAAAAUCCCAUGUCCUAGGCUGGGGGAGGGGUUGAUUUGUCCUGGUGAGGAUAGGGUGCAGGGAGAGGCGGGGUGGAUUAAAUCCUACAGAUCUGUCCCUUGCACAGCUGUGAUGCUGUGGGAGGAGCUUAAUGGAUGCUGAAGGGGUGGAGCUUGUUAUGGAUGACACUAGCUGUGGGAUGUAUCAGCAAUAGAGGGACAACACGACCAUGUCUGCACAGCUUUUAAAGGUUUUUGGCAGAGGUUGCAGAUACUACAUUGAUUUCCAUUUUUAACAGUCAUUCAUUGUCCCAUGAGGAUAAACCCUGAAGAAUCUGCUGAUCUGUCUUAGUAUGUCGCACCAAAAUCAGAUCAGGGUUUCAUGCAUUUAUUGAAAUUUCUCAACAUGUGCAGGACAAACUUCAUGACUUUUCAACAGAAACAUUUAUGGUCACUACUGGAUGAAUUGCUCUAUAAGACUAAUGUUGUUCAAUCAAGAUCAAGAAACAAGAUCAUGAGUUUGAUAUUGUAAUUUUUAAAGUCUGAAACCUGUGCGAGGGGGUAGGUGUCACAAAAUAUAUUUUUUACAAAACAUCCACAAUAAAAGAUAAAUUUGACUGCCAAAAGUCGGAAUGAUGGGACACCACCUGAACAUAUGCUGCGUUACAGUUACCUCAGAUGUCGGCGCUGGGAAUGAAGCUACACUCAACUUGACGGCGUUCCAGUUAACAAGUCAGAAAACCAAGAUAGACCUCUACUGUUAGCCGUUGUUAGCUGUUGUUUACAAUUGUCCGCUGUCGUUAGCCGUUGUCAGUUGUUGUUAGCAGUUAUCAGUUGUUGUUAGCCGUUUUCAGCUGUUGGUGGUUGUUGUUAGCUUUGCCAGUUGUAAACAACACAUAACACAGUAUUUUACUCUUACCAACACCAUAGGAACGUGUACACAAUUAGGCGUUGGACAGUACAACAACCACUUAUUUAAUUCCACAAAACCAAUAAAUGCUAAAAUAAUGUAAUGUUUGCUAAUAAAUACAUUACAAGAGCUUUCACUGUUACUCUUUACUGUUGAUGAACUGUGCUGCCAUUUGGAUUAUGACAUUAUUGUCAUGUCGGGGUUGGCAGGGAUCGUCUGACCUUCCAAGUCGGAAAUCCAACUUCGGGGGGCCUAUCAGAUGAAUUUCCGACUCGGAGCUCGGAAAUUUCGACUUCCGAGUACAACUGAAACGCAGCAAUAGGCCGCAAGAUAAGCAAGGACUGUUUUGUCCACAGGUGGCACCAAAAUUGACACAAACCCAGAUUUCCUCACAGGAGCUUUAAAGCAUUCCUGUGCCGGCCUCAUAAAGCUGCUAGCAUGGCAAAGACUUUCUUUCCAAGACUGCACUGAUUUAAGAUGCGCAUACAUUGAUUCUGUAAAGUGAUUACUCAUGUCCAAAAUUUUCAUAUGAAAUGAAGUACAAGAAGAAGUAGAAUAUUUAUAAGAGAGCUCUGCGGCCAGUAGCUUGGCCAAAUCUGUUAGGGCUCAUGCAUUGAGCAGCUUAAUUUGUAGCCCCAAAAUGUGCAUAAUCCAGUCAGCACCUUAGAGUCUACUGACUUAGCAAAAAGAAAGGUGGUGAGGGCAUAUUAGUUUAAGGAAGGAGGGAGUCCAGAGAGAAAAAUGAGAAAGAGAGAGAGAGAGAGAGAGAGAGAGAAAACUCCCAUUAGGCGGAUUCAUGCUGCUUUAAGGAGGUGGACGACUGCUGAGUGAAUACGCACAAGCACAAUCUGCACAUGCUGGGAGUUUCUGCGCAUUCCUGCAGCGGGGUGUCCAAACCAUGAGCGGUGUGAAUGAGAGAAAGGAGGAGGAAAAGAGUGGGAAUGUAGGGUCAGGCCCCCUUCAGUAACACUUCCUUAUGUAAGAUUACUUACAUAAUGACACAUUCAAGUGGUGUGUAUGUGUUUGUGUGUCGCAGUCUAGACAAGUGGGGCAACUCGAGUUUGGGUGGGGUCAGGGGAAACAAGAGGAGGGGUACUCAAGCAGGCUCUCAACAGCAGGAGAGGAUUGUGGGAUUAUGGGAGUGUGUGUAUGUGUGUUAUCAGCAGAGAGGAGGGGUGAGGGUUUGGAUAGGAAGGUAUUAAAGCCGGAGUGGAGGGAGGGAACUGACAAGCAUUGAACUCAUGUCCACAUCUGUUUAUGAGACCCAGCUUUCUACCUCUCUCUGCCUCCUUUCAUGCCUGUCCCUCUGAGCUUAUCUCCACAUCAGCCACGUCCUUUCUUCUUUCAUUUCUCCCCUCCAUUCUUCCUCUUCCUCUCCGUUCCUCUUUCCCUCCUCAUUUCUUAAUAUCCCCUGAUCUUAAUCCCACUCUUUUGUCGCCCUCUUUGUGUCUCUUUGCCUCUCUCAUUCUCUGUUCUCAAUCCCUGCUCUCUCUUUUCUCUCCUCCUCACUCUCUCUUCCUCUGUGUUUUUGGGAGUUUAGAGGGUCAGCAGUGCCAGACGAGACGAUCGGAGGACAGAAGACAUAG